UUAGAGGCAAAAAACCCAAACACAUGUGAUCUACAGAGGAGUCGCUGUCCGCAACAUAACUUCAGCCUUACUCAUGGACAUAAGUUAAGCCGCUAAAACUCCAGUGGAAGUGUUACCGGUGUUUCUUUUGAGUCGGAGGACAACAGCGGCGAUGCCCUUUUAAACGGUGGAAGUUUUCUGGGGGUGUUUGUGUGAGAGAGAGGCCCGAAACAUGAUGGUCAUUGGAGCUGAUAGCUGACACUGUAGAAUGAGAGAGGAUGGAACAGACAGACAACCCUGCCCCUGAGAGCAACAACCCUAAUGGGUUUAUCAACCGAGUGUUUAAUGUUUCUCUGGAUGUGGAGAAUGAGACCAGCAGUGUUUAUAUUCAGGAGACUGGGCCAUGGACUGCAGAGGGGCAGGGAGAGAUUCAGGCUGCCUCAUCUCAGACCCCUGUCAAGGAAAGGCAGGAGGUCAACCGGAGGCCCCGUGCCACUGGGGGCAUCUGGAAGAUCUUGAACCGAAAAAGAGCCGGAGCAGAGCUGGAGCGGAGACCCCACUCCAUGAUCUUGCCGGGGGAGGCUUCCAUCCCUAAACUCUCAUUUGCUGACAAAGUUCGCUCCUUCAAGAAGCUUAAAUCUCCUGCUUUGUUUAGAGGGAAGACAGGGAAAUUGUCCACUGCCAAGUUCAACAGCUCCUUGGUGGAUGAGGACUCUUUCUGCAGAGACAUUGGCACUCCACAGCAGUCCAGCAGGGGCACAGUUGGCACACUUAGACACCGUGGCAAGAGGCAUUCAUAUGCUGGCUACACAGCAGAGUUUGAUUGCUCGUUUGAAGACCUUGACCUCACUGCUCCUAUAGAUGGCCAUCAGCCCACUGUAACAGGAGAGACCACCACUCAGAAUGGUUGUAAACCAUCUGAAAGAGUUUCCUAUACUAAAAGAAGCCACAACAAUUCAACCAACUGUAACAAAACAGCUGCAGGCUGUGAAGAGCUCAGCAUAAAGGAUAGCCCCAGGACCCACCAGGGUGCAGGAAGGAGACACAAAGAUGUGUGGAGUUACCUGAGGAGGAUCUCUCUUCUGGGGAAAGCCAAUCCUGUCUACUCAGAGAGGAGCUUUGACUCUGAGCUUCACUCUUUUGACAAGACUAUGGACUCAGACUAUGGCUCUGUCGACUUUGAGAAUGUUAGAGACUUCCAGCCACCCCCCCCAAAACACUCUGACACCAAGGGGCACUUUGGUGGUCUGUUCAAGUUUUUCAACAAUGUAGCAGUGACAGCUAGAAAAUGGCGGACAACAUCACGCUCCUUCUCUCCUCCAGAGGGAGAGAUGACUCCAAUGAGCUCCCCACAGACCCCACAGCACACAGUGGACAACAUUCACAGCGUGUCUCUGACACUCCACAGUGAUGGACUUCCAAAAUCUCAGCCUAGCCCAUCGUCACCCAUGACCACAAAAUCCUCACACUCCAGUAACUUUGACAGUGAGGCUCCAGCACCUGUGACAGGCGGGCGAUCCCCUAACGUUGUCCUGAAAGCCUUUAGGGCAUGCCCAGGGCCUCGAACUGUCAAUGGCGUUCAGAGUUGUGAGGGUACAGACAAACAUAUAGACAGAGAGACAAACCACAAAUCCACAGCCAUAAUAGAGAAUCAUAUCUCAGAGUCAGGUCUAAAUACAGAGACUCAAAAAGAAGAGGAGGUUGAAAAGAAUCCAUUAAACUGUUUCUGUAAAGAGGAAAAGGUAGAGGGACAGACAGGAAAUGAGCAGGAUUCCAGGGAUGCUCCACCUGACUCCCACCAGAUACAGGAAGUGAAUAUCCAAUCACAACAAGGUGAUAAAGAGAGCACAAGCAAUAGUGUGCCAGCAUCAGAUUCCACAGAGGAAAUAUUUAAGGCCUUGUCUCGCCCGCCGGGUGUGUCACCAUUAGAGCCCCCAUUGAGGGUAUCUCUACAGCGGUGCCGCUCCCUGCCUCUUCCCCCCAGCACUCUCACUGCCUUGGCGCUGCUCCUGCCUCUCUCAGCAGACAUGGGUCAGUCAUCAUCAUCCGUCCGUCUGCGGUCUGGAGACUCCGGUAGCUGCAGGAGGAGGAGGCUGCUGAGACCUGGCUCAGAACCACUGCAGGUCAACAUUGUUGGAAGACAACGCAGUGCAACAGGAAAACAGUGA